UCUGCGCAGCUGCCAGCGCCUUUAAGCCUGGGCUCGCGCGGCCGGAGCGUGCUUUCGCCGCCUGGGAGCCGUCCGGCCAGGCAGUCUUUAGGUCCCCACUGUCCCCGUCGUCCCGCCCUUUCGCGUCCGGGGAACCGGCUCACUUCUGAGCCGCACUCGCCGAUCCUCCAGGCAUGCCCCGCUACGAGCUGGCUUUAAUCCUGAAAGCCAUGCAGCGGCCAGAGACUGCUGCUGCUUUGAAACGUACGAUAGAGGCCCUGAUGGACAGAGGAGCAAUAGUGAGAGACUUGGAAAACCUGGGUGAAAAAGCGCUUCCUUAUAGGAUGUCUGCCCACAAUCAGCAGCACAACAGAGGCGGGUAUUUCUUGGUGGAUUUUUAUGCACCCACCACAACUGUUGAAAGCUUGGUGGAGCACUUGUCUCGAGACACAGAUGUGAUUAGAGGGAAUAUCGUCAAACACCCUCUGACCCAGGAACUAAAAGAAUGUGAAGGGAUUGUCCCAGUCCCACUUGAAGAAAAAUUAUAUUCCACGAAGAAGAGGAGGAAGUGAGAAGAUUCGCCAGAUUUUAGCCUUAUCCCUUCACAUUUGAGCAGCAUGGAUAAGAAGGAAGAGUUUACAAGUUUGGCUUUUAUAUAAACAUGUGUUGCAGGUGCUGUUUGAUUUUUCUAAGGUAUUUUUAGCCCUUGAUCCCCUUUGCUUGUGAGAGGUGGGGAACUGCUUGUUGACAGCGUCUCUGUAAGCUGCGGUACCAGUGGAUCAUUCUUGAUUUUGUUUUCAUUAGUGUCAUUUCUUUGUCAGUGAGGACUUUUCCCCUUACAGCAGUAACACCAUUUUUUGAAGAGCAAAACUUACAAUACCUCCUGGGAUCGUGAGCUAGUCAUACAGCCUGUAGAACCAUGUGGAAAUAAAAAUUGACGACCAAUGUAUUACAUGGACAGCUUUUGCUUUGAGUAAUAAACUUGACUGUAGGAAUG